AUGUCCGGCCCCGCGCCCCUCCGCCCGGCCUUGAAGACGGCCGAGGAUGGUGAUGGUGACAGGUCGCCCUCAGCCAGCGGCUCUCUCAAGGCCGUCCAAAUCGCCGAGCCUGUCCACCCGGCCGACGAGACGGCCCAGUCGGGGCACCAACAUCACCACCUGACCCGGUAUCAGUAUUACGGCGAAAAACUGCUGUCGCAGGUAGGGGAGUGGCUAGAGCAUGAACGGCACAAGGCCGGGCGGCGCCUCAAGACGUCACACCGGCGCAAGUCCAAGUCUCCACCCGUCGAGUCGGGACCCCUCGACGGUGACAAGGCCAGACGGCAGAGAACCGACUCGAUCGGGUCGCAGUCGAGCGACGUCUCCCUAGACAGACUGCAGAGCAUUCUCGACGAGUCCUUGUCCCAUCUGGGCCUCAGCGCCGUGCCCCGAAGCACGCCAAAGGUGUCCCGGACCAGACGCCGAGCCAACUCGCGCACCACGCUGUCGCGCGCCGUCUCUUCAGACACCGAGUACGUUGACGGAGAUGCCAUUGUGCCCGACUGCGACGCGUGGCUCGACAACUCCAAGACCAUCGGCUACACCGGCAGUAGCACCAGCACCGAGGACGUGGCCGACAUGGCCGCCAAGGCCGAGCGGGAGCGGGAGGUGUGGCUCACGUUCAAAAACGAUAUUAUCCGCAUCGCCCACACGUUGAGGCUCAAGGGAUGGCGCCGCGUGGGACUGGAAAGAGGAGACAGCAUCACCGUCGAGCGCCUCAGCGGCGCCCUGACCAAUGCCGUAUACGUCGUCACCCCGCCGUCCGACCUCGCCGAGGCCGAGGGCAGGAAUCCGCCACACCAGAUUCUCUUGCGUAUCUACGGCCCCCAGGUGGAACAUCUCAUCGAUCGUGACAACGAGCUCAAAGUUUUGCAGCGACUGGCGCGCAAGAAGAUCGGCCCUCGCUUGCUGGGAACGUUCAAAAACGGGCGCUUUGAAGAGUACUUUAAUGCCAUCACCCUCCAACCGCUCGAUCUCCGCGAUCCCGAAACCUCGAGGCAGAUUGCUAAGCGGAUGAGGGAGCUGCACGAGGGCAUCGACCUGCUUCCGCAAGAACGAGACAACGGCCCCGGCGUGUGGAGGAACUGGGACCAAUGGCUCGACAACGUGGCAAAGAUUAUCAACUACCUUGACAAGCAACUGGAGAACACGGCACAGGAUGCGCGGCAGGUUUCGGUCAUCCAUGCUUGGAAGGCCAACGGCUACGUCCUCUACAAGGACCCCAAGGAGAUCAAGGAACGCCUCGUGUUUGCACACAACGAUACGCAAUACGGCAACAUCCUCCGCCUCCGCCCCGAUGACGAGAAGUCGCCGCUCCUCCAAGCCGCAAAUAAGCACAAGCAGCUCAUCGUCAUCGACUUUGAGUACGCAGCCGCCAACGUCCCCGGCUUGGACUUUGCCAACCACUUCACCGAGUGGUCGUACAACUACCAUGACCCCGUCACGUCACACGCCUGCAACACCGACCGCUACCCUACGCCCGAGGAACAGCGGCGCUUUAUCAAGGCCUACGUCGAUCAUCGGCCCCAGUUCCCGGCAGCGAGCUCCACCCCCCGGAUGCGCCCCGUCGACAGCGGCUCCUCGUCGUCGUCGAGCAACGUCAACACGCCGUCUCUCGUGACGACGCAGUCCUCGAGCUCCAUCAUCGACUUCAUGCUCGACGCCCGUGCUCCUCCGGGCGGCUGGGGCGCCGCCGAGCGCGACCGCGAGGAGCGGAGCAACCAGCGGGUGCGCGAGCUCAUGGACGAGACGCGCCUGUGGCGGCUGGCCAACAGCGCCCAGUGGGUGGCGUGGGGCAUCGUCCAGGCCACGGUGCCCGGGCUGGACGCCAACAACGAGCCCCUCCCCGAGGAGGAGGCGCUCAAGGCCGAGCAGGAGAUUGGCGUCGAGGACUUUGACUACCUGAGCUAUGCGCAGGACAGGGCGCUCUUCUUCUGGGGAGACGCGGUGCAGAUGGGCAUGGUACGGCUGGAGGAGCUGCCGGACAAACUGCGCGCAAGGCUGAAGAUGAUUGACUACUGA